AUGAGUAACUGGGAAAACAAGAAGUCAAUAACGCAUUCUUACAUGUCAGCUCAGACUUCAAAUGGUCAGACUCUACCGCCACCGCCGUCUGCACCACCAGACAACAGCAAUUUAAUAGCCGCAACGUUGCCAGUGUCACAGUCAUACGGAAAUGGCUUGAACCAACCAACAGUGUACGUCACUUACCCUAGUACAGACCAAGUCUCUAGCGUGGGGACCAUACACCGCAUUCAGUACAAUAAGUCUCUGGUAGAAGCUUAUCUACUUGGAGCAUCGCCGUUUGGGAUUCUAGGCGCUCAUCAUUUUUACUUACGCCGCUACUCCUGGGGCAUACUUUACAUCUUCACCUUUGCUCUUUUAGGAUUUGGCUACCUUAUCGAUUUGUUUCGUAUGCCUUGCUUAGUCAAACACGCAAACAACAAGAUUAAGAAUCCCGAAAAAGACGAGAAGACGAUUUCAGAUGCCUAUACUCUGUGGUUUCCGUUUGGCCUUCUCGGGUUCCACCACUACUACCUCGGAAACCACGGCUGUGGCAUUCUGUAUACUCUUACUGGCGGUCUUUUUGGGAUUGGAUGGAUCGUUGAUGCCUUUAGAAUCCCAGGCUUGGUGAGAGCUUCCAAUGAAAGCCAGUUUAAUCAAGCUAAGGCCAAAAGUGCUUGUGUUGCUGCUGGUUUAGCACUUUGCCCAUUUGGCAUCCUUGGAGCACACCAUUACUACCUGAGACGUCCGAUAUGGGGGUUGGUGUAUACAUUCACUUGCGGUCUAAUGGGAUUUGGUUGGCUUGUUGACUUGUUCAGGCUUCCGGUACUUAUAAAGCGCGCCAACAAAAUUAUAUUAGGAAACUUAAAUGGCAAUUUGAAAACCCUUGAUGAUGCUUAUAUUUUGUGGUUCCCCUUUGGGAUGCUGGGAUUCCAUCACUUUUAUUUGCAACGCCCUGUUUGGGGGUUUUUAUACUUCUUCACUUUUGGGCUAGUAGGAAUAGGGUGGUUGGUUGACAUGUGUCGGAUCCCUUACCUUGUCAAACAGACCAAUGCGAAAAUUGAAGCUGAAAACGAGCAACGCCAGUUGCUAUCUGGUUCUGCUGGUCACACGAAUACGCCAUCGGUGUAUGUCUCAAGUUUCAGUGGACCAAACGCUCAAGGUUAUCCCAAUUACAGCGUGGGGAAUCCAACAGCUCCCAUUCUCACAAACCCGCCGCAGUUAUUUUUUAGUUAUCCACAAGCUGCAUAUGGAUAUCCACCAUCUUUCCAGGAGCAUCCAAACAACGCUGUUCGUGCCAUGGAUGCCAACGCCCCACCAGCUUACAGUUGGGAUAUGGGUUCAACAACCAUAGGUCAACACCUGGUGGCAGAUAUAGCUCCGCCCCCAUACCAGCCAGCAGAACCGGCCUGUGCUGGCCACCAGGCAGAAGAUCUACCUGAGAAAACGGGGUAUGCCGGGGAAACAAAGACGCCAAGAAAUUGA